AUGGACGAGACAACUGAUGAUUUUUUUGAGGGAUUUACUGAAGGGAAGUUAAUCAAAGAGGAUUUUGAUGAAGAUGAAAGUGAACAUGAAGAAUGUACUCCCAAACCUACCCCCAGGAAGAGAAAGGUUGAAGCUACUCUCAAAGAAGCAAUCAACUUGAAGAGGAAGCUUGCUUAUGAAUCGAGUCCGGCCCACAUUCCUAGUCCCCCCACCGUGACGUCAAGUCCUCGGGCUCCAACACCUUUUGUUGGAUGUAAAUGUGAUGAGCUGAAGGAGGAGCUGAAAGAGCUGAAAAUAGAGUUGAAGGAGGAGCUGAAAACAAAGCUCAUCAAAGAGCUGAAAAUCACAAUCAAAGAAACUCAACAAACUCACCAUGAUUCUCUGAAGAAGAUGGUGAAGGAUUCUAAGGAUGUGAAGGACGAAGAAGAGGAGAAGAGCAAGGUUGACCAGAAUGAGGAGAAGACUGAGGUGAAGGAUUCUAAGGAUGUGAAGGUCGAAGAAAUCGAAGAGGAGAAGAUCAAGGUUGACCAGAAGGAGGAGAAGACUGAGAAGAUGAUGGCGAUGCAGGUGGCUGAUGUGGCUGUGGAGGAUGAUGAGAAGAUGGAUGAUGUGAAGGUGGAUGAUGUGAAGGAUGCUGUGAAGAUGGAUAGUGUGGAUGAUCUGAAAGUGAAGAGUGGGGAAGUCGAAAAAGAUGACUCGUACAUCAACCCUUCUUUGUCAAAACUGCCAAAGACAAAUGAUCCAAUGAAAGUCAAUCCCCUUCAAAAAUUUGAAGAUGAGCUGCUGGAUAAAGUAAAAGAGUGGUUGGAUGAUCCAAAAACCAAUGAUGUAAAAAAGGAUGUAAAGACUUGCGAAGUAGGGAAGGAUAUGUUUGUUAGAGUUCUAACAAGGUUGACAUGGCUUGAAGACACUGAAAUCGAUGCAUUCUGCCACCUAUUGCGAAAAAGGAUUGCAGAAUAUCCCAAGACAUAUAAAAAUUCUAAAGUCGCAAUAAGGGAUUAUGUAUUGGCAGAUAGAAUAAGGCGAGAGCACAAGACUUUUAGUAAAGAUCGUGCAAAUUAUCCAGUCAAAGAAUUUAAAGAUUAUUACAUGGGUUUAAAGCAUAGAUAUAUGCCUGAAUGGUCAACAAUCGACGAUAUAUACGUGCCCGUGAACAUAAGCCAAAAGCAUUGGAUUUUGUGUGUAGCACGUCUUCAAAAGAAUCGCAUUGACGUGUAUGACUGCGAUGCUUAUAUUUAUAAGAAUCUGGAUCCUUAUUUGAAACCGUUGUGUGAGAUGAUUCCACAUGUAUUUGCAAAGACAAUCACUACAGGUGAGAUGAAAAGGUAUCCUCACUUCAACUUUCAAUCCCCCAUCCAACCCAUAACAUACAAACGGUUUCCACACCCGAAAGUCAAAACCGCAGCAGCUAAGGUAGGGGAAGUCCCAAGAGCAACCGAGAGUGGGGACUGUGGUGUAUUCACGCUCAUGUAUAUAGAAUACUUGACUGCUAACCAAGGCGUGCAGAAUGUGACCUCAGAAAACAUGGAGUUUUGGAGGCAGAAGAUGGCGGUCAGGUUAUUCCAUCAAAUUAUUGAACCUUAG